UGAUGAUACAUCUUUUUCAUGACUGAACAAGAGUAGCAGUUAUCAAUUCCUGGACUACAAUAUAUUGAACAUUCUAAAGAACAGAUAUCAAGAGAGACAAUAAUUUUAUCAAGAAAUACUUAGCAACCAGUCUCAGGCUUGUGGAUUCUCCGCACCCUCGCAGCUAAUUUUGCCCUGCCUGGGGACCCUAAAUAUAUCUAAGUCACCCCAGAGAGGUGAUGAAGAAAGAAGGAUAUCCAGCGAUUCUGGAAUGGUGGCGGCCAUUCCUUUCGACUUGGGGAAAGCCUUCUAAUCCAACAGGAGAAAGGCUGGCCAUAUUGCAUCGACCAGCCCAAGCUACUUGCAACCGGUCCAAAAGCAUUAACCAGCACAACUGUGAACAGUGUGCUUGAAACUGGAUGUGGCAUUCACCUUAGUCAUAGCUUAAAGAUGGAAAAUCAAACAUUUGUCUCUUACUUUCUGCUCCUGGAAUUCUCCAAAGAUCGGCAUCUGCAGCUUUUACAUUUCUUCUUAUUCUUCAUAUUAUAUCUGGCAGUUACAUCAACAAAUCUUCUCAUCAUCUCUGCAAUAGCUUUUGACCAUCAACUACACAGCCCCAUGUACUUGUUUCUGCUAAAUUUGGCAGUACAGGAUGUGGGCAUUGUUUCAGCCAUUAUCCCUAAAUCCAUGAUAAAUUCUCUCAUGGACACCAGACACAUCUCUUACUUUGGUUGCUUUGCACAAGUCUUGAUCUUUUCCUCCUUUGAAGCUUCUGAUUUAUUCCUUCUGACAGUUAUGGCAUAUGAUCGUUAUGUUGCCAUUUGUCAUCCAUUGCACUAUGAACUGAUAAUGAAUUGGAAAGCCUGCACCAAAAUAGUGGUUCUGGUGUGGGUCACAAGUCUUCUCUAUGGUAUGUUGCACACCAUUGGUACUUUUUACCUCUCUUUCUGUUCUAAUGUUGUCAACCAAUUUUUCUGUGAAAUUCCACACUUGCUAAAACUGUCCUGCUUUGGUUUCAAUCUAGUUGAAGUUGGAUUCCUUAUAGUUAGUAUAAUCACUUUAGGAUUAGGUUGUGUUAUUUAUAUCAUUGUCUCCUACACUAGGAUCUUCAUGGCAGUGUUGAGAAUUCCUUCUGUGAAAGGAAGGCAGAAGACCUUUUCUACUUGUCUUCCCCACCUUACAGUCUUUUCGGUGUUUUUAGUAACAGUGUGCUUGGCAUACUUGAAACCUCCCUCUAACACCCAAUCUUACUUAGAUUUCACACUAACUGCUCUAUAUUCCUUUCUUCCACCCGUGUUUAAUCCAAUCAUCUAUAGCAUCAGAAAUAAGAAUAUCAAAUCUGUUCUAUAUAAAUUGUGGCAUUUCUGAUAUUUUCCUUUGAUAAUAUUUUCUGUUCUAUGUUUUUUCAUAUCAAAAAAGUUAAGGAAGCAGCCUUCCAUUAAGAAAAAAACCAAAGUAGAAAUUAACUUUCAAGUAUCCCCAGUGUCAAAGUAUUUAAGAUAAAAAAAAUCAUUGGAAGUUUGAAUUACUGGAGUUUGUUUUAUACAUUACAUCAAGACAUUUUCAUUUAACACCUGAAUAAUGAAUAAAACACAGUUUCUAAGACUGAAAUACCAUAAAUCAUGAAUCAGCAUUAUAAAAAUAUACUAAGUGGUCUAGCUAGUUCAUCAUCUAAACUUACUAGUCUGUCUGGAUUGCUACAUGGUUCUGAUAACGGAGCAAGUCAUUGGAGAUUUGAUCAUUGCUAGAAGAAUUGCAAAACUGUGUAACCAUGAUUUAAACUUGGUCUCAAAUUUUUAGAAAUAAAAAAAAACCCAGAUCUUCCUAUCAGACUUCUUGCAGACUUCUCUUCUAGCAAUACAUCUUGAUUCUUCAAACACUAAAUCCCAUAUUCAUAAACUUGCUUGUAUUUGAAGACUACAGUCAUGAAGUGGGUAGAUAAAUACUUUAUUGUAGAAAUUCUUGUAAACUGUACAUCAGUCCUCUCUAGUUCACAGAAAACAAUACAUAGUCAUCUAUAUUCCAAGGAUGUAUCACAGAGGUGGGCAAAUUGAUCAAGAAGCCACAUGAGGAACCGGGAGUACCACUCUACCCUCUGCUGCUGCCAUCCCAUCCUGAUGCUGCCAACAUUCUGUCCCACCCCAUUCUGAUGCUGCACCACAGGCUAUGAGCCUGUGAGCCUAUGAGCCUGAGGUGGCCAUAUCUGGCCAAGUCUGUUGUAGGUGAUAGAAGAGACAAUGAAGCCUUAAUUGCUGCGUGCUUAUUUGGCUGUUUCUAAUUCAGUUUUCUAUACAAUAAGCAGUGGUUAGGUGGGGAAAGGUCUGAAGAAGUUCAGAGGAGAGAAGGUGUAAACAACAAGACCCAAACAUGCUCAAGUCUAUACACAGGAAUCUUCUCAGACUGGAUGAAACUAGAUAAAGUUCAACAGCAUUCAAAUGAGGUCACUUUUCAUGCCCACAUAGGGAUUCCAGAUUAAUUUCCUGUUUAAUUCCUCUAUCUGGCUCAGUUUCUCUCCUGCAGCUGGUGGAUUGUGCUUAGAAUGCUGACAGCUAAAUACUAGUCAGAA